CGUUGUCUCUGGUUUGAUUCUACAUUGAUCGUAGCAAUGACUCUAAUGCGAACAGCAAAGAUCGUGCUUCUCCUAAUCGCGUUUUUGAAAAACGCUGCGGCUCAUAAAAGACAGCAAAGUAUUGUUGUGUAUCAUGGGGCGGUUGCAACGGACGAUGGACGGUGUUCUGAAAUCGGGAUGAAAGUUCUUCGAAAAGGAGGAAACGCUAUUGAUGCAUCGGUCGCUGCUGCUCUUUGUUUGGGCGUUGUGAGUCCAGGAUCUAGCGGUAUAGGCGGUGGAUCGUUUGCAGUGGUUAAGACAAGUGAAGGGAAGGAAGUUGCUUAUGAUUCUAGAGAGGUUGCUCCUCUACGCGCCACUGAGAAUAUGUAUGAUGGUGAUCAAGACCUAAAGAAGAAAGGAGCCUUAUCAAUAGCCGUUCCUGGGGAAGUCGCGGGUUUAUUCACGGCUUGGACACAACACGGGAAACUGGCGUGGAAGAAAUUAGUUAGUCCCGCAAGGAAACUGGCAGCUAAAGGAUUCAAGAUUUCAAAGUAUCUCUACAUGCAGAUGAACGGGACUAGAGAUGAUAUCUUAGCAGACAAAGGUCUGUCUGAGCUAUUUGCUUCAAAUGGGGAGCUCAAAAAGCCAGGGACUAUUAUCCGUAAUUCAAAAUUGGCUUUUACACUGAAACAAAUCGGUAAAUAUGGUCCAAAAGCGUUUUACAAUGGUACGGUUGGUGAUAAUUUGGUGAGUGAUAUACAAAAGUCUGGAGGGAUAAUAACUUUGAAAGAUCUACAAAGUUAUAGAGUUAAAGUUAAAAAAACAUUAUCUACUGAUAUUCUUGGAUACCGAUUACUCGGUAUGCCUCCUCCUUCCUCUGGUGGCCUUGCUGUGGUGCUUGUUUUGAAUAUUCUUUCACAAUAUGGGAUUCCAUCGGGUGUUUCGGGCCCUCUCGGUGUUCAUCGAUUAGUCGAGGCUCUGAAACACGCAUUUGCAAUUAGAAUGAACCUUGGGGAUCCGGAUUUCGUCGAUGUUACUAAGGUUGUUUCGGAUAUGUUGUCUCCAAAGUUUGCACAAGACUUAAAGAAAAAGAUUAGCGAUGAGAGAACCUUUAAGCCCAAACAUUAUGGCGCCAAGUGGAAUGAGCUUCAGGAUCACGGGACGAGCCAUUUGUCGAUAAUAGACAAGGAUGGAAAUGCUGUUUCGAUGACCAAUACAGUAAACUAUUUCUUUGGGGCACUAAUGCUGUCUCCGAGCACCGGAAUCGUUCUGAACAACGAAAUGGAUGAUUUCUCGAUCCCCAUGAAGUCUGUCGGUGACCACAAUGUGCCGCCACCAGCACCGGCUAACUUCAUCCGUCCAGGGAAACGGCCUUUGUCCUCAAUGGCUCCCACCAUUGUACUUAAGGACGGUAAAGUUAAAGCCGCGGUGGGUGCAAGCGGAGGAAUAUUUAUCAUCGCUGGAACAACGGAAGUUUUCUUGAAUCAUUUCUUCCUCAAAAUGGAUCCUCUCUCUUCAGUCUUGGCUCCAAGAAUCUACCACCAGUUGAUACCAAACAGAGUUUUGUAUGAGAACUGGACUACUGUUUACGAUGAUCAUUUCGAGAUUCCUAAAGAGACAAGACGUGUGUUGGAGAAGAAAGGUCAUGUCGUAACGCCGAUUGCUGGUGGGAUGAUUUCUCAGUUCGUAGUUCAAGAAUCCGAUGGGAAGCUUGUGGCUGUGAGUGAUCCAAGAAAAGGAGGGUUCCCUUCAGGAUAUUGA